AUGGAGGCCACUGUUCGGCUGUUAGACAACGAGCCAAACGUUUCCGUGCAGGUGCUGUGGCGAGGUGCUGAGCUGAACUUGCUGCGCUCUCGCGAGGAGCCUGUAGAGCGCUUUCUGCAGCGGUUGGCCUUGAGCUGUAGCAAGCAAGCAAAUCGUCUUCUCGGUGGUCCUGACAAGAAGAAGGCCAAGAAGGAGAGCAAUCAAAAGCAAAAGAAGACCCAGCAGGCGGCCUCGGCCUCGGCGACAGAGGCUGGCACGUCUGGUACACAGCCAGCAAGCUCCGUGUCUGUUGCUCUCUACGAAGCGAACGAAGAGAAGGUGGCCGUGGGGACACCUGUGGCUGAGGCUCUACGCCGGGCUUCCCACGUGGUGAUAGAGGGCGAGCGGGUGCCAAUCAGCGUCAACCCACCGUCAGUGCAGAAGCUGGAGGUGUUUGGCCGUGCCCUGGCUGGGUGCCCACUGUCUGCCAUACUUCGUUGUGAGUUCUGCGACGCAUCCACAUUCACGCUGCGCUGGCUCACUCAGGUUGCAGCUGGGGCCUCCGGCCUUGUGCAAGUUGGUCAUGGUAACGUGUUCUGGGUUCCCGAGGCCGCCAAAGGUCGAACUCUGCACGUGGAGGCUGAGCCUCAUCCAAGCGUUCCAAGCACAUCGCGCUCCAAAGGUUCUGUGCGCGUUGGAGUUGUGGAGGAGGUUCCUCGAGGAUGGCCCGAACAAAGAGUUCAGGCCUUCGGCAAGCGAGCAGCCAAUCCCUCCACUAUCCGAGUUGUCAGUUUCAACAUUCUCGCUGUUCCCUAUGCCAGAACGCAGUUGGCCACACAAAUAAUGUAUCCCUACUGCCCAUCGCAGAUCCUGGACUACGCUUAUCGACAACCUUUGCUAGGCAGAGAAAUCCAGCGGUUGGACGGAGAUAUCGUCUUCCUGCAGGAGUGCACAUAUUUCACCUACCUGAAGUUCUUCCAGCCUUUGUUCGGCGAGAGGUACCACCUCCGCUGCUCCCUGAAAGCAAGCCACGUCUCUGAGGGUUGCUUGGUAAUGGUCCGCACGGAGUCGUUUGAGGCCAGUCGGAAGCGCGAUUUCUUGACUUGCGUCUGGCGCACCAAUGUAGAGUUCGGUCGCUGA